UCAUUUGCGGAUUUUCCCACGAGGGAGCGAGACCCAGUCCACGAUAAAAACAUCACCGAAGCGAUCCAAUCCACACCGGUCCUCACUCCAAACCAUUUCCCAGUCUCGCUCGCCUUCAAGAUGCAGAAACGUUUCACCUCGCUCUCCCUUUUCAUCCUCUUCCAUUCCGUUCCCUGGACGAGUGGGCAAAAUCUAUGUCCCGAUCCGGAUGACAUCCUUCCCUGCAUCUGCAUCCCUAUCGCAAGCCUCGGCUCUGCGGAAGUGGAAUGCGACGAUGCGACCUCGAGCGACGACAUCUACUUUGCCUUCAACGACGCUACAUGGCCCGUCAAAAAUCUCACGAAGUUUAGUUUGAUGUAUAACGACGACGUCCGAGUAUUGCCAGGAGGAGUUUUCGGAGAUACCACUUUCGACACAAUUAACCUCGCCGUCACCUCCGUGAGCCGCGUCGAUCCCGCGGCCUUGUUGGCCUCGAAAGAUCGACUUCUGAGUCUGGUCAUCGAUGGAUCUCCCCUGAGGGAAUUCCCCUGGGAGAUCCUUCCACAACUUGCCAAUCUGAAGAAGCUCGAUCUCCGAGACAUUGGAUUGACGACUUUGCCGCUGCUUCAAAGUGACAGUCUCGAGGAAUUCAGCGUCUCCAGCAACGAAAUAGAUCAUCUCGAGGCUGGGUGGUCUCUCCCUAAUCUGAGAAGACUUUAUUUGAGUUCCAACCCAAUCCGGGAUGUCCCGGCUGGCUUCCUCAGCGAUUUUGUGAAAUUAGAGAUCUUUUCUUGUGCCGACUGUGACCUCGGACCAACAUUGUCGACCAAGUCUUUGGAAUUCCACUCUGAAUCCAUGCAAGACAUUCACUUAAGUUGGAACUCAUUCUCAAAUAUGGAAGUGGAUGCGAUCACAGGUUUGCAGCCCGACACGGUCCUCUAUGUUUCUUAUAAUGAUAUUCGGGAGUUGACGGAGGAAUCCUUCCGCCCCAUGCUGAAGAUACUCUCACUGGGGGAUGGGUUCAUCUUUUUAGGCUCUAACCCUGUGGAGUGCGAUUGCAGCAUGGCAUGGGUAGUACUUAAUCCCGACUUCCUGGCAAGCGUGAACGGUUACUGCAUGGAUGGAACGGAAUUUAAGGACCUGGAUCCGAACGUUUUUGAAGAUUGCGUCGGAAAUGAUGAUCCAUAGGGUGCUGCAAAAUGCUUCAUGAAGUUGGAAUAAAACCAAAUCUGCAGGCCUG